UGGGCGCGGGGCGAGCGGAGGCUGCUCGCGCGGGACUGCCGCGGCGGGGAGGGGCUCUUCGGGGCGUGCCUGCUGCCUCUGUGGACCUCACAGCCCUGCCGGAGAGCGCGUCGGCCCCCGCGAACCCCCAGCAGCACCUCGGAAAGGCCGUUCCUCCCCGCGAGGGAAACAGCCGUUGACUAUGGUUGCAACCGGCAGUUUGAGCAGUAAGAACCCGGCCAGCAUUUCAGAGUUGCUGGACCAUGGCUACCACCCGGGGAGCCUGCUGAGUGAUUUUGACUACUGGGAUUAUGUUGUUCCUGAGCCCAACCUCAACGAGGCGAUAUUUGAGGAGACAACCUGCCAGAAUUUGGUUAAAAUGCUGGAGAACUGUCUGUCCAAAUCAAAGCAAACCAAACUCGGCUGCUCCAAGGUCCUUGUCCCCGAGAAACUGACACAGAGAAUUGCUCAAGAUGUCCUUAGGCUCUCUUCCACGGAGCCCUGUGGUCUCCGAGGUUGUGUUAUCCAUGUGAACUUGGAAGUUGAAAGUGUGUGUAAAAAGCUGGAUAGGAUUGUGUGUGAUUCUAGUGUGGUGCCCACUUUCGAGCUGACUCUUGUGUUUAAGCAGGAGAAUUGCUCGUGGACUAGCUUCAGGGACUUCUUCUUCAGCAGAGGUCGGUUCUCAUCCGGCAUUAGGCGAACGCUGAUCCUCAGCUCAGGAUUUCGACUUGUUAAGAAAAAGCUGUACUCAGUGAUUGGAACGACAGUCAUUGAAGAGUACUAACAAGGAAUUGUUUUAAAGGGGCUUUAUGAUUGGGUAAUAAAAUUAUGCAACUAUUAAGUUAAAGUCACUUAUAGUGUCCCCUGCCGCAGAAGUAAGCCAUGCUCUUUCUGUUGUACACACUCAUAGCAAUCCAGGGUUGAUUUUGUAGCUUUUGAGAAGUGACCCAAGAAAGGGUGCAUCUUCUGAAUAUAUCACAUUUCUCUGCAAUGGAAUAAGGAAGGGAAAGAAGCAAACCAUUUCAAUUUCACAUUGGAUUCUGCCACCUGUUCCAGGUAGCCUUGCUAAUAGACUGUAGAAACCAGAUUUGCCUAGUUUGGUUUUCAAAUUUUUUUUUCCUCUAAGUUCUCAAAGUCAUCCUGUCAAUCACAGAAUCUUGCAAAAUGAUGCUUUGCCCAUCAGGACUUCCCAAAGCCUACACUGCCCAUUUCCUGGUAAUUUGCUACUCAAAUUUGAAAGGAUCUUAUGCAGGAGGGUAGACUUAAGUGGGUGAGCUGAACUAAAAUGUAACCUAGGUGAAAGUGGGUAAGAAGUGUCACAGUGACAACAGAAUUGCUUCACUGAUGGUGUCCUCCGCACACCUCUGUUUUAAAGAGGCAAUAGAAGCUUGAACUGCCAUCUUUGCAACUAUGGUAUUGUUUAAAUGACUUUAUGGUACGGAUCAGCUCAGUUUCCUAGUUCCCAGGUGUUGAAUGUUGUCUUUAGAAAAAUGACCAAUGUUGAACUCUUGUUUACUCUUCCAUUGGGUGAAUGAUGACUGCCUAUAGGGAUGGGAACGAAGCUCUCAGACCCAAUCCCUCUCUCAUUCAUUGGGUACUACAGCUUCUUUUCAAUGUUAUUCAUGUUGAAUCUCAGAUGAACCAUCCUACUGUACCAGUGUUGUCUCAUCUCUGGCCCUGGCCCUUCUCUAAGAAUUGUAGUCUCUCUUUGAAGGAUUUAGCUGCACUUUUAAUUAUCAAGAUGGAAUAUUGACAAAGUCUAUUUUGCCUUCUUUUUGUUUUUUUAUGGCACAAACUAGAGAAUGAAAAUCGUGGUCCAGAGAACCAGUGCACACACCCAGCUAUCUUCCAUCUUGAAUACCAGUCCCUAAGGAAUUACAAGGCCCUUUUUUAAAAAUUAUUAUUUUAUUUUUGUCUUACUCCAAAUAACUAGAUGCUUAUCCAUUUCUUCUCCAUGUUAAUGAGAGAUUUCAGCCUCUAUAUGCCAGUGUUCAAUUCAGCAAGGCUUUCACAUACUUGCUGUGGGUGACGGAUCAGGAGCUGAUUCAGGUCCCCUGCCCAAACCACGAGCAACACAUCACAUGUUACUAUGGUGGGGACCGAUGUCGACAUCCUGGUGUUAUUCUAAAACAGUGUGAUCCUUGCUGUUCCUAGAAGUGACCUAAAAUGUCACUGUUCAAAUUAGCAACUGUGCUGACAAACUGAACUCUUGCAAGGCUUGGAAAGCUACCCCGAAACCAGCCUUUAUAGGAUAGGGACAGGAUACAUCGAUGUUGCUGGCACGUCUUACUGUUUAGGGCUUGAAAGGUCCCUGUGUUUCUGUGCUUUCAAGUCACCACCACUGACUACCGACAAAGCUUCUUGGGCUUGGGUGUAGAACUGUUGUCCUCGUCCCACUAACAGGUGCCUGUGACUCUCUCACGGAUUAUACAUGCUUACAAAAUGGUGAUGCCUGA